AAUCAGCUGAUCGCUCGCGGGUGAGCUUUUGAUGUUUGCGUCGGUGACGUCUCUCAUUUAAAAACGAAAGAGAUUGAGAUCGUUUUGACAACCACCAUCAAAACAGAAGAAGGAGAAGGAGAAGAAGAGUCUGGUCGUUGCAGCUGAAAGUCGUCAGGAAGUCCAACAACUCGGAAGUUCGCAGACCAAAGACAGGCUGCCAUGGCACCAACACUGUAUGACGAAAAGCCAGAGCUUGGGGAUUUAAUCGAGAUCUUUCGUGGCUCUUACCAGCACUGGGCUGUGUACAUUGGCGAUGGCUUCGUUGUUCACUUGGCACCACCCUCUGAGGUCCCGGGUGCUGGCUCCAACAGCAUGAUGUCUGUCCUAACCGAGAAGGCGUUGGUGAAGAAAGAAGGGCUGUGGGACAUGGUGGGAACUGACGAGUGGAAAAUCAGCAACAGUUUGGACGACAAGUACGAGCCGCGCUCGCCUAAUGUCAUUGUGAGGGAGGCCUGCAGGCUGGUGGGCCAGGAGCUGCCGUACUGCGUCUUCAGGAGAAACUGCGAGCACUUUGUCAAUGAGCUGCGCUACGGCAAGGCAGAGUCCCGGCAGGUGCGUAAGGCAGGAGAGGUUGCCAUGUAUGCAGGCUUGGCUGCCGCUGUGGGUGUGGGUGUUUUCGCGCUGGCAGGAGCUCUGUUUGGAGGAAGCAAAAAAGAAAAUAAGGAAACACAGUGAUGAACCUUGGUCCUCUUUUGUUUUGGGUCUGGAUUAGCAGAUCACCAGCAAAGCCUAACUGGCGCCUGCCAUAAUCAGUUGCAGAUAAAUAACACUGCCUAACUUGCAUGCAGUUAUCUGUGAUUUAGCAGGAAAUUUGGAUCGGCUUCACCCCUAUCUGUCCUUCAUGUUGUUUUUGGGGGAAAAAUGAUGUAAGGCUGGUUAGUUUGUAUUUUUGGGGUUGUUUAAAAUUUGUACAUACAGCACAAGUUUGACAGUUUUUCCUCAGAAGAUGAAAUAUGUGGUUUUCAUAUCAAUGAAAUGACUGUGGAUAGCUCAUGAGGGAUGAAGGUUGGAAGGUAUUUAUAAUUAUAUAAUAUAUAAUAACUUUAUAAACUCACAAAUGGUUUCAAAAUAAAUGGCGAUAGUCAAACAUGGGGAGGGAAAAUAGGAAGUGCUAUAAGUGAAUACUCAAUAUUAAGCUAAUGACUAUCUAUGCUAAGUUAUGUAGGAUUUCUUAAAAAGAGCAAAAAACCUUAUAUGAUCAACAUGUUUCUACAUUUCACAGAUAUAUCAUGUUACACUGUUCCCCUGAUGUUUUACUGUUUGAACAAGUUUUAAAUAAAUGAAUUGUUUGACUCAA